AUGGAAUUCAAUAGUAUGAUGAAAAAUAUAGGGGAGGAUGCGUACCAAGAGAAGUUGUUGUGUGCAUAUGAGGAUGAUAAUGAGAAGCAAGUACUAGGGGAGAAUAAGGAGAAGGAAUUGUGCAAAAUGUUGGUAAGAAUGUUUAACUGGAUAGGCGGAUUAGAGCAGAAAUGGGAUAAUACCUUAAGAUGGAUAUGGAAACCGAAGGAGUGGAAAGGAAAUGUAAGUAAUGAGGAAAAAGAAUUGCAGUCCUAUCUUAGGUGCUUAGUUGGAAGAGUGACUAUGACAAGAAUGCUAGGAACACAUUGUGACCUAGACAAAGUGGCCAACCUUGUCAAAGGAGCUGUGGAAGGUAUGAGAGAAAUGCACAGAAUUCAGGAUAGAAGUGGAAUAUGUGACGAAGUAGAUAAUGAAAGUAUAGGAAUUGGGGGAAGACUAAUAUGGAAAGAGUUAGAUGAAUGGAUAAAUGACUAUGAGAAGAAGGGAGAAAUUGGGUUCGAGGAAGUGAAGAAAGGGAAUAGUGAACUACACAGAAUAAAGAAGGCAGGGGAGACAAGUUGUCCGAAGGAGAGGAAAAAUGAACCGGGGACUUUAGAAUUAUUAGGAAUAAGUGGUACGGAUGGAGACCCAAGCAUAAGGAAGGAUACUGAAACUUGGGAGAAGGAUGCUAUAAAGGAAGUAUUAAAGAGAGUAGAGAAAGCAGGAGAGGACCUUAGUGUUAUAAGAAAUAUAUUAAUGCAGGUACAUAAGAAUUUAAAUGACUUACUUCAGAAGAAUAUAGAAAAAGUUGAGGCAAAGAAUCAGAAUGAAGGUGCGGACCAUCUCAGUAGGAAGGAUGCUAGUGCAGAAGGAAAUAAUAUACCACCUCUCCCCGUCAAACCACCUGAUGGACAGGGAGCUAAUGACCUACCGGCACCAACCCCCCCGCGGGAACCAGCUCUACCGGCAGCUCCCGGGGGACCACAACAACCUCAACCUCAACCCGAAGAUUCCAAAUCCAAUCUAAACCAAGCAGGUUCAUCUGGUGGGGAAGUCAAAGGUGGUUUGGGAGGAAAAGAUGGUUUACAGGCCACAGGGGUAACAAAGGAAGAUAAGGAUGUCCAGGUUGGAAGUGGGUCCCAUACCUCCCCCGGACAGAGUGUUCCUCAGCCCAGUUCUGAACCUGCUGUUCCCCCUCCAACUAGCGAGAAUGGGCUUGUUUCGCACUCUUCAUCCGCACAACCUGACUCUAUCAGUUCAAAGAGCAGUGCAGAUGCUAGCAGCUCUUCUGGGGGUGGUGGAGGUGGAGCUGUUGGCCAAGGACCAGGUCCAGGACAACAGCCCCCACCUCCUCCAGGAAAACCACAAGGACCAACGGGACCACCACAAACACCAUCACGAACAUCAUCAUCAACGGCAGCAACAAGGAAAUUAACACCUGAACAGAAGACCUGGAAUGUUCUACCAUUCUUCCCCGGAAGGGGUAGUUGGAAGGAGGGGAUGAUCGAACCUUUUCUUCCUUACUUUCCUUUGGCUCCUGUCCUAAUUGGUAUUUCUGCUGUGACCUACUUACUUUGGAAGUAUUUUGCCUUGCCUGGUAAAAGAAGACGUUACAAAAGAGCUCAUCAAGUACGUGGUCCAACUUUGGGAGAACAAAUUAUGGAUCAUGUGGACGACCAGGCUGAUGGUCCACAUGAAUAUACCUUAGUGAAGGAACGAAAACAACCAAGAUCUGCACCCAAAGAAGGAAGAACCAAGAGGCCAAAAAAGCAGGUUGUUGGUCGCCGUGCUGGUCGUCGUGUUGGUCAACGUACCAUUAUUGAUAUACAUUUAGAAGUUUUAGACGAAUGUCAAAAACGGGAUUUGCAUUCGACGAAGGAGGACUUUUUUGAAAUUUUGGUUCGAGAAUUUAUGGAAAGCGAAUUCAUAAAGGAAUAA